UACGCUGUUUGCGUAGCGGGAACGCUAAACUAAGAGGAAACAUAGGGGGAACGGACUUCGACAGCACCGGGAUGAACAUCACUGAUGGAAGUUAUUGUGGCGAAUGGUUUUAACUAUGGUAUGCCGAUGUGAUUGUUUAUUUUGCCCUUUACCCUUGGCGGUGGAUCCCUGAUUUUGGGAUUAUCGGUAAUUGCACGAUUCUGCCAGGAAUCGUCCGCGAUCGAAGAGGGAAUUCUGCACAGCCAAGCAAACUACAAGGGGAUUUAAAUCGCUUUGCUCCGGGAAAAGAAGAGAAGCAGGAAGAAAAUUAAUGUGGCGAUUCUCUCCUUAACAAUAAAUCAUUUUGGAUUGCAGAAUGAGCAAGGAAAGACCUAAGAGGAAUAUAAUUCAGAAGAAAUAUGAUGAUAAUGAUGGGAUGCCCUGGUCGGAGGAGCGGGUGGUGCGGAAGGUGCUCUAUCUCUCGCUGAAGGAGUUCAAGAGCGCUCAGAAGCGCCAGCUCUGUGAUGACCUCGGCAAUGCAGGAAAAGGGCCUAAUGCUUCCUUGUCAAACGGGCAGCUGAAUGGAUGUGUGUCUAAGGGAGGACGUAAAGAGAACGGGUCUUGCUCUCAGAGCACAGAUGGAAGCAGCGAGUAUUCAGAGGACUGCCCCACCAAAAAGAGGCCCAGACUGCAUGCACAGAGGAAGUUUGCUCAGUCUCAACCCAACUCUCCCAGCACCACGCCGGUGAAGCUGGCCGACCCCUCUCUGCCCACGCCGCUCACACAUAUCACGUUCCUCUCCAGACGCAAGCCCAAGACAGAAGACUUCCUCACAUUCAUAUGCCUUCGAGGCUCGCCGGCCUUACCCAGUAACAUGGCCUACUUCGGCUGCUCUCAGGAUGAGGAGGAUCUGGAGGAUGAAGAUGAAAUUGAGGAAGAGAAACCACCCAGUGUGGCAUCUACGUCAUGCCAGUCUACACCCAAGAAGGGCAAACUGUCCAGCAAGAUUAAUGGCUUCGUGCUGAAUGGCCUGAAGGUACACAAGGACAAAGAGCACUCUCCCAGAUCCAGAGGCAGAGAGUCGUCUGUGGGGAAAGAUUGUAACGAGGAGUGUGACGCGUCUGGUGAGAUCUCCCACAAGCACACUGCAGCCACGGCCAAGAGCCACAACACCAACGGCCACAACUACAGACGAGCCGCAGAGGAACUCCGCAAGCAGGUCACGAAAGUAAAUGGACUCACACGAGCAUCAUCAGUCGGCAGGCAUACGUCCAGUGCCAAAAAGUCGAAAGACUUCCGUCUGCCAUCCAAAACUGUGAAGUACACAGCCACAGAGACCAAGGGCCACAUCACCUACACCAAAGCAAAACGAGAACUGGUUAAGAAAGCCAAACUCAACCAUGGCAAGCAUGCUGCUUCUGCUGGCCUCCAUGCUUACAGCAACAACCACCACCAUCAUUCUCAUCAUCCAGCCAGCAGCGGCCGUGGCCGGCCACAGCUCUCUCACUCAGGAAAAUCCCAAAGUAUCAAUGCAAAAACCCGCAAACAGGUGCUAUUAUCGAACGGGGUGCAUAAGAUGACUAACGGGGGCCGGCCUAAUGGCAGGCUUAAUGGACGCCACAGUGCCAGGGAAGAGAAGGAAGAUGUCCGGCAAGUCCGGCAGGGACUGCGUAACUCUAAACGCAGAAGUGAUGCCAUUACGAUCAUCGGAGCUGGAACUGAGAGUGACGAGGUUAAAACUAAGCUGUCUGUUUCUGAGGUUAAGAAAGCUAAACUGCAGACUAGUCCACUGGAAACUCGCAGCAAGAAGGCCCUGGGUCAGUUCAAGCCCCCCAACACCAUCACUAUUGCACACAGUAUCACUGAAAUGGCCGCCUCCCCUGCUCAGAAAAUGGGUCCUGCCCCUCCUCCGUCGCCCCCUGCUGCUCCCGCCUCCCCAGCCAUGCCCCAGAACCCCGCUACCCCUGAGCCAGCACGUCUGCGGCCCAAACGUGCCUCUGCUGGCAAAAUGAUGUUCAUCAGACAAGCACAGCAGAGGGCCCAAACUAACCCCGCCCUCAACCGGACCACAUCCACUACCUCAGCCAGCAAAUCCUUUAAACCAGCAGAACCCACACACACGCCUCCACCACGGCUGGAGAGAGACAGGGAUCGGGAGAGGAGAAGGGCCGGGUGUGCAGCCUUGGGGGAGGUGCCCGUUUUCAAGCCCACCACCAGGGAGUUUCAGGACCCUUUGGUGUACCUCGACUCAGUUCGGGAACGGGCCGAGUCCUCUGGACUGUGCAGAGUGUUGCCUCCUCCUGACUGGAGGCCAGAAUGCAAACUCAACGACGAUAUGCGUUUUGUGACACAGGUUCAGCGCAUCCACAAGCUGGGUCGGCGCUGGGGCCCCAAUGUUCAGAAACUGGCCUGCAUUAAGAAGCACCUCAAAUCUCAGGGCAUCUCAAUGGACGAGCCACCGCUUAUAGGUGGCUGUGAAGUAGAUCUGGCUCGUUUUUCCGAGCUGGUCUGCGACAUGGGUGGAAUGCAGCAGGUGAUGGACCUGAAAAAAUGGAGCCGGUUGGCCGACCUGCUUCGCAUUCCCAAAUCAGCACAGGACCGUCUGGCCAAGCUCCAGGAGGCCUACCUCCAGUACCUGCUCUCUUAUGACCUGCUGUCUCCCGAGGAGCACCGGCGACUGGAGCAGGAGGUGCUGGCAGAAAAGGAAGCUCUGGAACGCAAGCGGGGACCCCUGGAGGGCCACUUGGAUAACGGCCAGCGGUCUCUGGUUCUUCCCCGUUACGAACCCAAGAAUGGGCUCACCGGCCUCAACCACCGCAAUGGCUUCCGCAAUCACAACAAAGAGCAAGACACCCAGCGGCAGGCCGGCCGCCGCAGACUGUUUGCUCGGGAAAAGAAAGGGGAAAAAGUGGACAGUGAUGAGGCACAUGAGGAGGCAGAAGAUGAAGGUGUUCUCAGUGACCAGCACAAAUGUAUAUACAAGGGGAGAUCAGUAUCUUUGACCACCUUUUACAGAAUAGCAAGAAAUACAAUGAUGAUGUGCUUCAAUAAAGAGCCUGGGGCUGCUGAAGUCGAGCAAGAUUAUUGGCGGAUAGUGGAGCAGAGGGACUGCCACGUAGCAGUGCAUUAUGGGAAAGUGGACACAAACACACAUGGAAGCGGCUUCCCUGUGGGCAAGUCCGAACCCUUUUCCAAGCAUGGAUGGAACCUCACUGUCCUUCCCAAUAACUCUGGAUCCAUUCUGCGCCAUCUUGGUGCUGUGCCUGGGGUGACUGUUCCCUGGCUGAACAUCGGCAUGGUCUUUUCUACCUCAUGCUGGUCACAAGACCAAAACCGCCUUCCAUACAUUGACUACUUACACACUGGUGCUGAUUGCAUUUGGUAUUCUAUUCCUGCUGAGGAAAAGGCAAAGCUUGAUAAAGUGGUGCACACACUGCUACAAGCCAACGGCACGCCGGGACUGGAAAUGCUGGAGAAGAACGUUAUGAUUUCUCCAGAGGUGCUUUGUCGUGAGGGGAUCAAGGUCCACCGUACGGUCCAGCAGAGCGGGCAGUUUGUGGUGAUCUUCCCCGGUGCGUUCGUGUCCAGGGUGUGCUGCGGCUACAGUGUGUCUGAAACCGUGCACUUCGCCACACCACAGUGGAUGAACCUGGGCUACGAGGCUGCUAAAGACCUGAAAUACAGGCACAUAGCAAAACCCUUCUCUAUGGAGAAGCUGCUCUACCAGAUCGCCACAGCCGAGGCCAAACGAGAAAACAGACUUGUGCUCAGUACAAUCUCUAAUCUUCUUAAAGAUCUCAGGAACAUAGAGAUGAAGCAAAGGCAGGAUCUGUAUGAAGCCGGGCUGCUCUCCUCCGCACGCUACUGCACGCACGACAACAACCAGUCACCCGCGGACACCAGGAAGAAACCCCGCAAGUGGCUGACGCUGGAGUCGUCCGAGAGACGCUGCCAAACGUGCCAGCACCUCUGCUACUUAUCUAUGGUGGUGCAGGAGAAUGAAAAUGUGGUCUUCUGUCUGGAGUGUGCGCUGCACUACGUGGAGAAACACAAAAGCUGCCGCGGCCUCAAGAUGAUGUACCGCUAUGAUGAGGAGCAGAUCAACAGUUUGGUGAAUCAGGUGUGUGGUAAAGCCCUGGUGAGAGGCGCAGCAGACGGCUGUAAUGGCUCCAGUCCCACCAAACCUCCCGCCAAGCGCGGCCCCCGCAAGAGAUCUGCUGUGGAGCUGUCCCUGACCCACCUGCCGACCCACCUGUCCAAAAGUGCCGCCGCCGCCGUCUCAUGAGGAGAGACGCCUACGUCACCCAAUCGAUUUCUUCUCCCUCUUUUUAUAUCGUUUGUGUCUUAUCACCCACAUAGCAGGGCAGAGUUUCCUGUGUUGAAAGCAGGCUGCCUUUUUUGCACUAGCGCUCUAGUUUGUAUUCACCAGAUGUUUGAUAGCAUUAAGAGACAUGGUCCCAGGUGUGCAUUUCACUGACAGGUGGGAGUAUGAUGUCAUCCUUUCUGCCUGGACCCUCUUCCUCCUCGUCUUCGGCCCCAUUGACUGCACACACACACACACACACACGCUCCUCCUGAACUGUGAACCUUGGGACAAAUGGGUGCUUCUCUCCUCAUUUUUCCAAACCCCUUUCCUUUGAAUGUUGGUGCUUGAUGGAGCUGCAUGAGAAUGUUUUUUCAUUAUUUUUUCAUUGUUUCGUUUAGAUUUUAUUUUUAUUAUUUUUUUUUUUUGGGUGUAUACUUUGUUUUAGUUUUUUUGUUUUGGUGUUUGAUUUGGUGUUUGUUUUUUGAUUCAUCUUGGUGUUUGCGUUGCUUUUUGUUUUGUUUUUGCUUUUAGUUAUAGUUUUUUGUUAUAUUUUGUUGUGGUUUUUGUUUCUUUUUUUUCCCUUUUAGUUUUGUUUUGAUGUUUGUUUUUUUGUUUUUUUUUUAUCCUUUUAGUUUUGUUUUGUUUUGAUGUUUUUUUUUUAUCCUUUUAUUUUUCUUUGGAUGUUUGUUUUUGUUUUUUUAUCCUUUUAGUUUUGUUUUGAUCUUUUUUUUUUUUUUAUCCUUUUAGUUUUGCUUGGAUGUUUAAUUUUUUUUUUUUUUCGUUUGGUGACAUCACAUUUGUUUUGAAUUGAAUUCAUUUAGUCGACAUGCAGCCAGCUCCUCUGCGGAAGACGCAGCUCUAAAGACAGUAAACACUUGAAAUUUAGCUUGUUUUAAUAUCUGUUUUAGUUUUUUUUUAAAGAGGAAAUACUGUGUGUUUUUAUUUUGACUGGUUUUUAUCUCACACUUUCCUCUGUGGAUUCGGGGAACGCUGGUUUCCUUGGCAGCAGGUUGGGCUGUACUUGAGGAAGUGGGUGUUAGGGAUUGAAUGAGCGGGUCCUGUCCCGGCAGUGAGAGGGGUUCCUCCCACGCUGAUGCUUACGAGCGAUACCUGUGCCUGAUGUUUAGCGGGGAGAUCUUUAUUUUGGUGCUGUUGUUUUUGUUUUCAUUUUUGUUUUUUUGUUUUUGUUUUUUUUACUGUAUAUCAAUACAAAAAAGGUAAUAAGAAAGAAGUGCUGUUCGCUAGCUUCUUAUCCCACAGGACGGAAGAGCCCGGAGACUUCUUCCGCUUCUAGAUGUGCAAUCGUGUCAACAUUCCAUUCUUCCAGACUUAGCUUCAUCUGUAACAGUUAACAUUAAUUAAUCUAUAAUAUUAUUGUAAUUAUUAUAUUUUGUGUUUUUGACUUUUCAUUUUCUCUUUUGUUCUGACGUGCUUUCUCAAUUUAGAGCCACUAUUCAAAGGGUGUAAAAUGUGAAAUACAGUUUCUUUAUAAAUUUUUUUCUUUAUUGUUUCUUUUUGUUCUGUCUUUUCCUUUUUGCAGAAGUAUCAUUGAUUUAAACAAACGUAAGAAAAUCACCUUUUUGUACAUAAUCCUGUAAAUGUCUUUAAUACUUGAGCCUUUGUUGGAGUGACAGAAGUAAAGGACAGAUAGAUUGAUGGAUGAUGCCAGAUGAAGAAAAGCCUUACAUUUCAGUUUCUUCAGCUGUGGGAGUUUGAUGCGUAAAGGGUUGCUCUGGUAAUGUGUAUAACAUUUUAAGUGCUGCUUACAUCACUGAGGACUAAGAUAUGGAGUCGCGGUUUCCCCCUAGUUUUGUUUUUUAGGUUUACUUUUUUAAAGAAAAGGGAAAAUACUUUCAAAAAAAAGAAAAAAAAAAGGUUUUUACAUUUUCAUUACUGAAAAUUCAACAUUGUAGUAGCUACUCAUGUUGCACUGAGCUUGCCAGUGGAGACUGUCAAGGGAAAAAAAAAAACUAUAAUCCAGUUUUUUGGUUGUCCUUAACAGAAGACUGAACUGUUUUAGGAGUAUUUAAUGAAAACCAAGUCGGGUGUUUUCAACAAAAAACAGCUUUUGUCAAGUUUUUAUGGCCUUACGAUGUAUUUUAUUCAGAAAUGUUGUUGUUUUUGUUCCUUUUUCUACAAGAUGAGAGAUUUGCUCAAGGUCAGGCGAGUUAAUUUAUUAGCACUGCAUCUCAGCUCUUCCUCUCACGAGGAAAGGUUUCAUGUUGGUUAUAUUGUUUUAUUUUGUUUUUGUUUUUUACUUUUUCAAUUUGUACUUAAGGUUUAAUAAAAACUCAUGGACAGUU